UAGGAGUAGAAAGUUUCCGUUUCCGGUAAAUGUGCCCUUCAAAAUUAAUUUGUUCAUCAAUGCUUUUCCAGUUUGUCCAGUACAUAGAUAGAUGAAAUAAUAAAUGGUCCAUCCCCUCAGGACAGACAAACUAAACAGUGUGAUUUCAUGGAUACAGACACAACAUCGAACUACAGUAUACAAACAUUGUUACAUACAACCAACACAUAAUACAGUAUUUCAAUGCAACCAAGGCAACUGCACCAAGGCACACUGUUGGAUGUUUUAAUGUUGGAUCUCUCAAAGCUGAGGAUUAAAUAAUCUCUCUCAUAGCUUAACUCACUAAUAAGUGACAAGAAGAAAGAAGAAUAUGGAUCUUGCUUUAUGUCAUAUCUGUGUUAUCAUGGCAACUGUUUUGCAUGUUGUGAAUAGUAAUGACUGUAAAAUCCUUGAUGGUUACUGGUACAAUGAGUUGGGCAGUGAGUUAUUAUUGAUACAUACAAAACAAGGGAUGCUUCAUGGAGAAUACCGUACUGCUGUUGAAAGAGAGACAGGUGCAGCGGGGAAUUCUCAUUCACUCGUCAUAGGGGCCGCCCCAUACAAGAGUUAUAGCAGCACAUUUGGUUUUGCUGUCAUAUGGAAAGAUGGCGCUUCCAUAACCACAUGGACAGGUCAGUGUCAACCUUGCCAUAAUGGCGAAGCAAUUUUGGAGACAUCUUGGAUACUGAGGUCAACAGUUGAUACGUGCGAAGACAAAUGGAAGUCAACAAUGAUUGGCCAGUCUACAUUUACAAGAAAGUCAGCCACAAAUGGUCCAAGACGAAACAUGGGAACACACACUCCUUCAAGGAACUCAAGAGAUGCGGUUGAUAAGGGUCCCGUAUAUGGUCCUGCAUUGACCCAUAAAAAGUUCAUAAAGACCCCCAGUGUAUGUACUUUGGAUGGCUACUGGUAUAAUGAUCUAGGCUCUGAGAUAUUACUACAGCAUCACAAUGAUGGUACCAUAACAGGGGAGUACCGAACAUCAGUUGAAAGACAGAAAGGAGCUGCUGGCAUCUCUCACUCCAAGGUAUAUGGUAUUGCUAACAAGAAUGAUGUCAACUCCACCCUUGCAAUGUUUGUUAUCUGGAAUGAUGGUGCCUCGGUGACUGGGUGGGUAGGCCAGUGUCAUGUAUGUGGAGUAAAUGGAACUGAAACUAUAGAAACAACCUGGUUGCUAAGAAAACAAGUUCACAGUUGCUAUGACAACUGGAAGUCAACACUUCAUGGAGAGGACAGCUUCACUCGAACAGAGCAAGAACCAGGACCUCGGAAGAGAUUCAAUACUCACAGUCCAUCAGACUUUGAUAUAGUUGACCCAGACAUGAUAAUCGCAGACACUCAAAAUGCAAACUCCUGGUAUCCAUGGCUACUGACAAUUACCAUUGUUGUCAUGGUGAUAGCUCUGACAUAUAUCGUGGUAGUAAAUUGGACUCAUUAUAAAAAGUAUCGAGGGUUCGUUCACACGAGACUCUUUGCGAAUGAAGGAUACGAACGUGCAGAAGAUAGGACAGCAAUGGUGCUGGCAGAACAAACCUGAAGUUUUUUGACAUAUCCUGAAAUAUUCACUCUGAUUAAAAUGGCCAAUUUAUCUCCGAAUAAUAGAACACACUUCCAUUUUGAAUACUGAUCCCGGAUACUGAUCCUGGAGAGAGAUGCGCGUUUUGUUGGCAAAAGUUCAAGUCAGAAAAGCAAAAGGUGCAAAUAAAAGAAUCAAAGGAGAAAGUUGCAAGGAAUUAAAAACUGAAAUCUUUCCGCAUGUUGCAAGUUAGGCUACUUAAUCGUUGUUUUCAACAUGUUUACGACAAUCAGGAUCUUGUUUUCAUAAAGAAAGCUGCUAGGGAUGUAGUAUUUGCUCACAUGCCAGUGGUGUAGCAAGGAUCUUUGAAUAGGCGAGACAAGAAUUGAGUUUAAGCAAUAUAAUUUCAUUGCUUUCAAAGAUUCAAUUGAAAAUUGUUUACUUUCAGCCCGUAGCCAGGGGGUUCACCUUUUGAAAGAUUCCAGGGGGGUUCACUUUUGA